GUCCCGGUGUCGAAAAGGUGGGGCGAGAAGUUGCCCAUCUUGCAUGAGAGAGGACCGCCCCUAAAAACAGGCUGAUUUCAGACAGGUGCAAUAGUGUGAGAGGUUUUAAAGAUGCCGUUUGCAAGUGAUGGACAGCAUGUUUUGCCGGAGUACUACAAAAUAAGGCAUCAUCCCGUUAGUCUGUUUUAGUAUGUAACAGAAUAUAUUUUAAAAUAGGACAACACAAAACGUACAUUAGCAAUAUCGGGUGCUGAUGUUUGGAGUGAGAACACCCAACUCUCCCGUCCUUGCCUCCCUCCCUUCGGUGUCAACCAGCUCUCUCCCUCCUCCUCCAGUUGGCCGCCGUCUUCUCCAGUGUGACAGCGGCAAUGCGGAGCAAAGCCGCGGACGAGCAGCCCACAGUGCCCGGCAGUGUAGCGCGUUGUGGUUGCGGUGCUGGUGGUCGGGGAGCCGCGGGGCAGUGGGGGAUGCUGACGGCUGCCGAGGCCGGAUAGUCGACGCGGUGGUCGGCGGGCGCGCAGGCAGGAAGGAGCCUGGUGGUGAACCCGGAGCUCCACGGGCGAAUCUGGGGUCUCGGUGGAGGAUAUUUUGUGGACAUUAAGGGACGUGUUGAAACAGGUCGUCCCGCCAUCAGUGACUAAUUUCGGGCUUGAGCUACUUGAUGACCCGGAGGCCCGGAGGAGCACAGAGCGCACAGCCCCGCAGUGGGGCUUGUUCGGCGGCCAAGCGGAGUAGAGACCCCCAAUGAAUCCGCUCAAUCACAUGAAGGGUGGACUGGCCGGCAACCCACACAGCGAGGGUUCAUACGGGUAUGAGCCCUCCAGCUGGCAGCAGCCCACGAACCAGCCCCCGGGGUCGCUCUCCGUGGUCACCACCGUGUGGGGGGUCACCAACCCCUCGGCCAGCCAGGGCCUGGGCGGCGGUUCGAUGGGGCCUGGGGCCAACCCGGCUGGGGCGCCUGUGAUGCAUGGCCCCGGGGGGCCGUCUAUGGCAGGGGCCCCGGAGAGCUAUGUGGGCCAGCAGAGCUACGGGGAGCUCAACAAGGCCUAUCCGAACCAGGUCACGUACGGCCGGCCUGGUGGGGGCUACAUGGGCGGCCCGGGCGGGUACCCGGGAAGUUACCCCCCCAACCCCAAUGGAUCCAGGGGGGCAGCGGACUUCACGCAAGCCGCGGCGGCAGCCAUGGCAGCCGCCGCCGCCACGGCGACUGCCACCGCCACGGCGACCGUGGCUGCCAUCCAAGAGAAGCAGAACCAGGAAAUGAACUACGGACAGAUGGGUGGCCCAUCGUACAACAGCCAGUUCAUGGCCCACUCAGUUCCCCGCGCCCCUCCCGGCAUGGGGGCAGGACCCGGCCCCACUAGAGGCAUGGCCUCUAUGAGCCCCAUGUAUGGGCCUGGAGGUCCCCAGAGGGUGGCGCCACACCAAAACUACUCACCUGGACCACAACAGCCUCACCCGCGGCCCCCGCAGGGCCUGAAGCGGCCUUACAACCCGGAGGGCUUCCCGGGGGCCCCUCAGCAAUACGCUGUUCCCAUCGGUUCCAGUUCCACGCCGGGUUCAGGUGGGGGUGGGCCGCCUGGAUCGGGCUUGUACUCGCAGUACCAACCGGGUACUGGUAGUCCAUGCCCCGUCCCACAAAGGGCAGGCUCCGCCCCCUCCUACAAGAAGCUGUCCCUCCCUCAGUAUCCCCCGUCUGUGCCCUCCAACUCGCAAUACUACAAGGAGCAGUUCAAUGGUCAGGGCGGAGCUUUGAGUGUUAUGUCAUCAGGGGGGGUCUCAGGCAUUUACAACUCCUUUAACCAGAUCUCUGGGCCCAGCCGAGGGCUGCCAAGCUACCCCAGCUCUCCGGUUCCCGGGAACCCGACUCCGCCCAUUACGCCCGGCAGCUCCAUGGCGCCGCCCUACAUGUCGCCCGGCGGCAACGGUAGUGACAUCAGCAAAGCUUCCUUCCUGCCCGACAUCAAACCGGCCCUGCCCACAGGUAACCCGAGCGACGACCUGCGUCUGACGUUCCCCGUGCGAGACGGCGUGGUCCUGGAGCCCUUCAGGUUGGAACACAACCUGGCGGUCAGCAACCACGUUUUCUCGCUCAGAGACUCCGUGUACAAGACGCUCAUCAUGAGGCCAGACCUGGAACUUCAGUUCAAGUGUUACCAUCAUGAGGAUCGGCAGAUGAACACCAAUUGGCCAGCCUCCGUUCAGGUGAGCGUGAACGCCACGCCGCUGAGCAUCGAGCGCGGCGACAACAAGACGUCGCACAAGCCUUUGUACCUGAAGCAAGUGUGCCAGCUGGGCAGGAACACCAUCCAGAUCACCGUCACCGCCUGCUGCUGCUCGCACCUGUUCGUGCUGCAGCUGGUCCACCGUCCAUCCGUGCGUUCGGUUCUUCAGGGUCUGAUGAAGAAGCGACUCCCCGCCGAGCACUGCGUCGCCAAGAUCAAAAGGAACUUCAGCAGCGGCUCCGUCCCCGGGACCCCCGGGCUCAACGGAGAGGACGGCGUGGAGCAGACGGCCAUCAGGGUGUCGCUCAAGUGUCCCAUCACUUUUCGCCGCAUACAACUGCCAGCUAGAGGACACGACUGCAGACACGUACAGUGUUUUGACCUGGAGUCGUACCUGCAACUCAACUGCGAGAGAGGAACAUGGAGAUGUCCCGUGUGCAUUAAAACUGCUCUGCUGGAGGGUCUGGAAGUGGAUCAGUACAUGCUGGGAAUUCUCAUCUACGUUCAGAAUUCGGAGUACGAGGAGAUCACCAUCGACCCGGUGUGCAGCUGGAAGCCCGUUCCGGUCAAGCCGGACGUCCACGUCAAGGAGGAGUCGGACGGCCCGGCGCUCAAGCGCUGUCGGACCCUCAGCCCGAGUCACAUGGUGCUGCCCAGUGUCAUGGAGAUGAUCGCCUCCCUGGGCCCCGCCCCUCCCUCCGCAUCCUCGUCCUCGCCCGCACGCUACCCCGCCAUGGCGCCGGCGGGCGCGCGCAGCAACACGCCCGACUACUCCGGGGCAGCUCCGUCGUAUCCCGGCCAGACGCCGUUCUCGGACGUGAGCGCGAGUCCCGUCACCCCGGGGACGGUCGGGGGGGACUUCUCGUCGCCCGACCCGCCCCCCCUCUCCUACCGUUCCGAACUGUCCGGCGCCCUCCUGGCGGGCGACAAGACGCUGCCGCCGACGGCGCAGAUGUCGGCUCCCCACGGCAUUCCCCAUCCUCAGCAGCCGUCUGUCGGUCUCCACGGCAACCCCCAGGUGGGCGGGGCCGCCAACCCCAUGCUGCAGCAGCUUAGCAACCACAACGCUCGUCUCCACGGUGACGCCUUCAGCCUCGGCGCAGAGGUUCCGGAAACUUCUCUCGAUCUGCUUCCGGAGCUGAGCAACCCAGACGAGCUGCUGUCGUACCUGGGCCCGCCGGACCUCCCCAGCGGUGGCAACAACAAUAACGACGACCUGCUGGCUCUCUUCGAGGACAACUGAGCGGACUCGACCAUUCCUCUUUGCUCUCGCUCAACUUUUUACACUGGUGUCAUUCAUUGUUGUCUUUCAACAAUCAAGUAUCCCACCCCACCCCGCCCCCACUUAAAAAAAAAAUCAAUUUUCAGGUCCCUAAAGCGCCACGUGUCAGUGAACGGAUUUCCUCAUGCCCAUUUUGUUUUCCCCACUUUGGAAAAGCCAAAGUUGACCCUCUAACCAAAAUGCGAGAAAUUCAAGCAGGUGACUCACUGAUUGUUUUUUUUCCCUCUCUCCCUUCCACUUUUUGAUGUUCUGCUUCUGCUGUCAGCGGAUGCAGCAGCCUCCCGAUGAACAGGAAGUGGCAAAAAGUGUUCAAGAGUGACUUCCUGCUUCGCAGCCUUCGAUUAGACUUUGGCUGGGACUCGCGCAACCAAACGGGGGGGGGGGGGGGGGGUGUUGAUCAGACCCGGCUUCUCGUCACCAGGAUUUGUAGACGUGGUCGCUGACUUUCCAUCCUGUCGUCGGUGACCCCACUUCCUGCCGGUGAAGUGGACGCCUGCCAGAGACAAGAAAAUAAAAAGGGAUUCCUUCGUCUUGCAAUAAUCACAGGCAAAAUGAAACCAAAAACAUCUUGUCAUGACCGUGUAGGGCUGGGCGCAUACAGCUGGAAUAUUUAUUCAUGAUAUAAGUAUUUCAAAAUUGUUUAUGUAGAUAAUUUUUUUUAACAUUUUAUUUUAACCAAAUGAAAAUAAGAAAAAAGUUCAGUGUCUAAAGGUAAACUAAAAUAAUACCAUUCAAAGUAUCUGGUAGAAAAUAAAAUAAUUUUCAAGGAAUGGACACCAAAACCUUUUUUUAGAACCCCAAACAUGCUUUUGUGCUCCAAAUUUGCUCUUAACUGUUUGUUACUAUCACCCGGGCCGAUGAUGACAAGUUCACAUUUCUUGGUUGAUUGCAUUCCAAAAACGGUUUCUUGCAGCUUUAGAAAUAUGUCGUUUAAACCAUAAUCAACUUUAUUUUUAUCUGGACCUAAUUCAUUCCUUCCUCCUCCGCUGCUUCCUUGGAUGUACUUCGUCCUUUAAUAAUAUUAAGAACUGCAAAAUCAAACCAAUAAGUGACUGUGAUGAUGUUGGUUUUGGGUUCCAAGCCACCGCGGGCCCCGUCCUAUUGCUUACAUCUUUUCAAUAUUCUUUGAUCAGCUCUUUUGUCGCAAUGAUGACUGUGAAUAAAGGGAAAUGACUUUUACGAAA